CAAAUCCUCGAAGAGACUCGGGCCAAAUUUGAACUUAUGGACAGGCGGCUCGAAGACAGCAAGAAAAACGCCGAUAUGCUGUCCGAGCUGGAGGUCAACCUGAAACGAGCGACUGGGCAGGAAUUAGAGGCCAGGGAACAGGCACAAAAGCUACAGCUCGAGCUAUCCAACCUGGAGACUGAGAACGCUCAACUGAGGCAGUCGUCAGCUUCGGGCUCUGCAGGUGAAGGUGCAAGACCUAGACGAGCAGGUGGUGUGGCAAGCGGUCUCGACGACGGGCAAGCGACUCACCUAGUCGACGAGAUCGCCAAGCUCAAGACGGCCAUCGACAUAAUCCGACGUGAAAACAUCUUGCUCAAGGCCGAAGGACUUCUUGGGCAGAUGAGGGCAUUUCCUGCGCUCCCUCACGCCAUCGAAUCGGUUCCUGCGCUAGACGCCGACGAAGCGAAGGACAACGCUUCGUCGGAGUCUGACUCAUCACCGCAAACUCCACAGGGAGCGGUUUUCCAGCGGCCAACCACAGUGCAAAAGAAGCACCUGUGGCGUCAGCUGGCCAACCUUCAAGCUUCUGCGAGCGUCAUCGAUAUCACUCAGGUCAAGCCGGGUCGCGGAUGGCAACCUCUGAGAAGGCUACCCGAAGCGCAGAUGUCGGAGAAGCUCCGCAUGGAGGAACGGGUCGUGCGGAAUCUCAAGAGCUAUUUGGAAUGACGCUGAACAUCUUGAUAAACGAAUGUGACGCCGGGUUCUACCUCUUACGACUUUUCAUGACGAACGGAUUUUCUUGUAUUCGCGACCCGAACGAUUAGAGGCAAUGAUCGUCUACUGCAAUCUUGCAGCAGACCUCCCGCGAUGCCGGUAGGUUAUUCAUGAAAUGAAUACGGUAUCCAUCGGCCAUCGGUCAUAGUCUGUUAUGGUACCUUCCUAGCCUCUGUUCGUUGGAUGACAAGAGUAAUACAGUACGACGAGCUGUUCAUUGAC